AUGUCGCUCUCUGACGAGCAGCGCGCUUCUUUCACGAAAGUAAUUGAUUCGAUUCUUGCUGCGAGCGACAUCAACACCAUCUCCUCCAAACGAAUCCGACAGGGUCUCCAAGCUACUGUCAACUAUGACCUCAAUGACUACAAGGUGGGAUUGACUCUCCAAUUCACCAUUAUGAUUCGCGCGGUUGCUAAUAUCGAGCAGGCGCCCGUGAAGGACCUCAUAAUGCAGCGAUUUGACCUGUUCAUGAACAAGAACAACGAACCAUCGACCCCCUCGGACGACGCUAUCCCAUCGACAGAGACCGCUAACGGUCACGGACACAGCUCACAUAAACAAGAGAAGCAUAUCACGCCUCCGCCAUCUUCGUCGUCACCGCAGAGAAAACGCGAAGCAGAAAGUAUGGCUUCAGAUGACACUGAGCCGAAGAAGCGACGGCCCGACCCUGACGUGGAUGCGGAUGCGGAAUUCGCCGCGAAAUUACAGGCGGAGGAGAACAAACGUGCUCGGCCAACACGAGGCAGUGCUACGCGCAAGACUGCACCGUCUAAAAAGAAGUCAAAAUCUAAGACGUCAAAGAAAGUGAAGGCUGAAGAUGACUCGGAUCUGGAGUCCACUUCAGAGACCAAGAAAGAAGUCAAUCGUUCUGGUGGAUUUCAUAAACCUCUCAAUCUCUCUCCUGCUCUGUCGGAACUUUUGGGUGGUGAAGUUGCGCUGUCCCGUCCACAAACUGUGAAAAGAGUCUGGGAGUAUAUCAAAGCCAACGAACUACAAGACCCGUCAGACCGCCGACAGAUUCGAUGCGAUGAUCGAAUGCGACUUGUCUUCAAACAAGAUCGCGUUCACAUGUUUACCAUGACUAAGAUACUGAAUCAGAAUCUCUACGAUCCUGGAGAGUAG